AUGGUUCGAAAACUAAAGCAUCACGAGCAAAAGCUCCUCAAGAAGGUUGACCUAUACACCUACAAAUCCGAUGCCAACCACCGUGAAUCCACCAUCCGUCGUCGCUACCACCUCCAAGACCCCCUAGACUACAAAAAAUACAAUGCCCUCUGCGGCUCCCUGCGCCAGCUAGCCCAUAAAUUAGCUGCGCUAGACCCAGAUUCGGAUCCCGUUCGCAAACAGCUCGAGUCGCAGAUGCUAGAAAAAUUAUGGUCGAUGGGCAUAUUAAAGCAGAAUCGCGAACAGGGGGCCGGGUUGAGUAAGGUUGAGAGGGAAGUUACUGUUAGUACCUUUGCGAGGAGGCGGUUGGGUGUAGUCAUGGCUCGGAAUGGGAUGGUGGAGAGUGUUCCUUCGGCUGUCAAAUUCAUCGAGCAGGGUCAUGUUCGUGUGGGCACUGAAGUGGUCACGGACGCUGCCUUUUUGGUGACGAGAAACAUGGAAGACUUCGUCACAUGGGUCGACUCGAGUAAGAUCAAGCGGAAUAUCCUACGGUACCAGGAGAAGCUGGACGAUUUCGAUUUACUAUGA